UGGACUCGACCACGAAUCCCUGCAACAAGCGGCAAGUUAUGCAAUCGCUCAGCAAUGUCACCGCCCCAAAAUGUAAACAACUCUAAGCAAACACAUUAAGGGUUCCGCCCGUAUAUCAUGCAAAUAUGAUGAGUUGCACCCAUGCAGCUUACCGCUCACUCUUCUACGCCCACGAAAUACAGCCCCCAUCACCAGCUUUAUAAAGCCCACUUGGAUACCGGCGUUUGUGAAUCAGUCACAAUGAGUCCUCUCGUGCAGAGCUUCCUCGCCAUCGCAUUCUCCCUCCUGCUGCCUGGGAAAGUAUCCUCGGACAGCACGGGGCUUCUGGCCGUGGGAUCGUCAAUGAACUCCAGCUCUAUGGCCUUCGUCCAGCACCAAAUGAGUCCUCGCCGGGCCUCGACCAGCGGCGUUUCAUCGUGUUACAUAUGCACCGGAGGAUCGUGCAAGGUUGAGACAUCAUGCACCACAGUUCCUGACGCCGUGUGCCUGACAGGGAUACUAGACAUGGUCAGCGCUGAGCUGCAGGGUUGCGCAAGUAAGUCGAUCUGCGAAGACUACAGGAAGGCCUACAGUUGCACAGGCAAUGUGCCCAUCGUGGGCUUCUGCUGCUGUUCGUCCAAAAACUGCAACUCGAGCAAAGACACGUGCAUCAAGGAGAUCGCCAAGCGGUGCCGCAACGGGGCUGGUGGCCUUGGCGGCGGCGGCGGCAGCUGGGCUCUGGCCCUGCCCCUUGUGACGCUUUCGGGAUUCCUGCUGCGCUAAUUAGGCCGGCCCAGGGACCUCGACUCCUCUCACGCUCUCUCUAGGACUCGUCAAAAAUUACUCCUUGGAUUCUCAUGAGACACACUCGCCCAACAAAACUCACUUGCACUCUAACUGACUCUUUCACUGAAUUCUGAAUGACUCGCCCGCGGUCUUCCCUGGAGCGCGUCUCGGCUUCACCCAGACACACUUCUCAGGCAUUCCCAGGUUUGAGCCACUUUCUCCUCGACUCCUGGUCUCACAGAUACUCCAUCUUCAUGGGCUCUUUCAGAGCUCCAUUUUCAGACUCUUCAUAGCAGUCACCUACUCCCUGAAUUAUCCAGACUCUCCCUGAACUCGCCUUACUAAUUGGGCUCUCUCUCUUGUGCACUCCUUCAAUCUCCCCCCACGUGACGGGUCUCAGAGUCUUUCCCUCCUUAUCCUCACUUGGGAGUUGGAACGAUGCUUCAAUGCCAUCGAUUCACAUUGAUUCUUUCAACCCACAUUAGACACGUCGAGUCACUUGUAUGAGAAUCAGUUGUUUUUUGGUGGGUUUUAAAAAUACCUUUUAAAAAAUGUUUUAUAUUCGGGGUACAGUGUGAAGUGGUGGCCCAAUGAUUCAGCCAAAGCGAUAUGUGCCCCGAUGAUCUGAGUUUGAUUUCAGGCUCUAGGUUAAACAUCAGCGGGAAGGUGAUGUUAUGAAUUGGCCCUACCCAAUCUUCCACCUCCCUUUUAUUGGCUAUCUGCAACUGACUGAGCACGUUGAGUUAUGGCAGUAUAACCCCCUGGCCAACAUUGCACAGGGGAGGCAAUCAUCGAGCAGUGUGGAUUGCGAAGGGUUGUAAAUUAUGGCGUCGCACGUCAUAAUGGGUUCAUAUCACAUUUUUUGAUUGCCACAGUUGGCUAUGUACGGUGCGAAGGAAGUUCAACGUACGUGCUAUAGCUAGUCGAAAUGUUAUAAUUUAUUUGAUUGCAAUGUAAAAAAUAGUAUCUAAAAAAAAUCAAACCAUGAGUCUGGAUGAUUGCAAUUCAGCCUGCUUGUGUCUCCCGAGAAAAAUAAAUCCACCAUUUAUUACAAAGCAAAUGCAAUGGACUCUGGAAUGUGAAUAUUUGAAUGCAUUCACUGCGUCGUGUCUACUCUCAACAUUUAUGAUUCACUAAAUUUUGUUUGAAAUAAAAGGUAGAAAAAU